UAUUUGUGAGAAAAACAUCGCAGUGAAUAAAUCUUGUAAAAAAAGUGCGAGUAGUAGUUUGCCCGAAACCAAAUCGUGCGGAGCCCACAAAAACCAAGCAGUAUCAUGUCGGACAGUGGCUCUGGAUCCGACGUGGACAGCGCGGCGUCGAACCGAUCGCGGAAAAGCAUCAUAUCAAACCGUUCAGCCUCUCGGUCUGUUUCCCGUUCUCGCUCGGCAUCGGCAUCACAGUCGGACAACGAGCCUCCCAGAAAAAAGAACCGCAAGAAAGGAGGACGCCGUAUGGAGGAUAAUGAUGAUGAAGACGAAGAAGAAGAAGACGCUGAGGACGAGCAGGAACCGGAAGGUGAAGAUUUGAAUUCAGAGGAUGAAUAUGACGAGGAAGAGGAAGACGAUGACGACAAUCGGCGCGGUGGGCGUAAGAAAAAGAAAAAACCGGAACGUUUCGGUGGGUUCAUCAUCGACGAGGCAGAAGUGGACGAUGAGGUGGACGAGGAUGACGAGUGGGAGGACGGCGCUCAAGAGAUGGGCAUCGUGGGUAACGAAAUCGAGGAAGUGGGGCAGACGGCACGUGAAAUUGAAAAUAGGCGCAGGGGCACUAAUUUGUGGGAUUCGCACAAAGAAGAUGAGCUGGCCGAGUACUUGAAACGCAAGUACGCGGACGGGUCCGUGGCACGACGUCAGUUUGGCGACGGGGGUGAGGAAAUGUCCGACGAAAUUACGCAACAAACGUUACUGCCCGGUAUCAAGGAUCCAAAUCUGUGGAUGGUGAAAUGUCGCAUAGGGGAAGAGAAGGCAACGGCGUUGUUGCUGAUGCGCAAAUUUCUCACCUAUCAGAACACGGACCAGCCACUGCAGAUAAAAGCCGUCGUUGCGCCUGAAAGCGUAAAGGGGUACAUCUACAUCGAGGCGUAUAAGCAGGCACACGUGAAAGCGGCAAUCAACAAUGUGGGCAAUCUGCGAGUAGGCAUCUGGAAGCAGGAGAUGGUACCGAUCAAGGAAAUGACGGAUAUUCUGAAAGUUGUGAAGGAGCAAUCGGGGCUGAAGCCGAAGCAGUGGGUCCGACUGAAGCGGGGCAUCUAUAAGGAUGACAUUGCGCAGGUGGAUUACGUUGAUUUGGCACAAAACCAGGUGCACUUGAAGCUGCUGCCUCGCAUCGAUUAUACGCGGCUAAGGGGCGCUUUAAGAACGACGCAGCAGGAAGGUAGCGACAGCAAGCGCAAGAAGCGACGUCCAGCAGCGAAAUCGUUCGAUCCGGAAGCGAUCCGUGCGAUAGGCGGUGAAGUGACAUCGGAUGGAGACUUUUUAAUUUUCGAGGGUAAUCGUUACUCGCGCAAAGGCUUUCUCUACAAGGCGUUCACGAUGUCGGCCGUACAGGUGGAAGGCGUAAAGCCUACAUUGGCAGAGCUGGAACGAUUUGAGGAACAGCCAGAAGAGAUCAACAUCGAAUUGGCCGUUUCGUCGAAGGAGGAUCCCGUCUCUGCACAUUCAUUCUCAAUGGGCGACAACGUGGAAGUUUGCGUUGGCGAUUUGAUGAAUCUUCAGGCGAAAAUCAUUGCCAUUGAUGGGUCACUGAUUACGGUAAUGCCAAAGCACGAGGAACUGCGCGAUCCGCUCAUCUUCAAGGCGAGCGAGCUGCGCAAGUACUUCAAGACAGGCGACCAUGUAAAAGUGCUUGCCGGAAGAUACGAGGGCGAGACGGGAUUGAUUGUCCGCGUAGAAUCUGCGCGCGUGGUGCUCGUAUCGGACCUGACAAUGCACGAACUGGAAGUAUUGCCCCGCGACCUGCAACUCUGCACGGACAUGGCAACGGGCGUAGACUCUCUCGGCAUCUACCAAUGGGGGGAUCUAGUUCAGCUGGAUGCGCAAACCGUCGGAGUGAUAGUCCGUUUGGAGCGCGAAAAUUUUCACGUGCUAGGAAUGCAUGGGAAGGUGAUCGAAUGUAAGCCGACAGCGUUACAAAAACGGCGUGAAAAUCGAAAUACAAUCGCUUUGGACUGGGAUCAAAAUCAGAUUCGGCGGAAAGAUAUCGUCAAAGUGAUGGAAGGACCUCAUACAGGCCGCGAUGGAGAGAUCAAACAUCUUUACCGCAAUCUCGCUUUCCUGCAUUCGCGGAUGUACACAGAAAAUGGGGGCAUUUUUGUGGUGAAAACUCGUCACUUACAGCUCGCUGGUGGAAGCAAGAACACCCUCCCAAGCAACCCCAUGAUGAGCCCAUUUGGUGGUGUUAUGUCACCACGGAUUCAUUCACCAAUGCAUCCGUCCGGAGGUCGCGGUGGCUCAGGUAGCAGUGGCUCAACGCGCGGUGGACGAGGUGGGGGUCGCGGAGGAGGACGUAUUUCCAGGGAUCGGGAAAUUCUUGGCCGCACGAUCCGUAUCACGGGCGGACCGUAUAAAGGUGCUGUUGGUAUCGUGAAGGAUGCAACGGAGACCACAGCUCGCGUGGAGCUGCAUUCUUCUUGCCAAACAAUCUCUGUUGACCGUAAUCACAUCGCCGUCGUUGAUGGUGCAGCUGUGGUUCGCGAAGGAAGUAUGUCCUCGUACUUGCGCACACCAAGCCGCACACCGGCCAGCAACUAUGGCGCUCAAACGCCGGUGUAUUCCGGAUCGAAAACACCGCUGCAUGGUUCACAAACACCCCAGUACGAACCGGGAAGUCGCACUCCGUAUGGUUCGAUGACGCCAUCGCACGAUGGUUCAAUGACACCUCGGCACGGAGCUUGGGAUCCAUCGGUGUCGAACACACCAGCCCGAGGAAACGAUUUCGAUUUUAUUGAAGAACCAUCGCCGUCCCCCGGUUACAACCCGAGCACCCCUGGUUAUCAGGUGAACACGCCAUACGCGCCACACACACCGGGUAACACGUUCAACACGGAUAACUACAGUCCAAAUCCAAGCCCGUCCCCUUAUCAGGUCGGUGGAUAUAUAGGCACUCCAUCACCAAGUGCUUAUUCUCCUGCAACGCCCGGUGCUCCCGCUUCACCUUACAAUCCGCAGACACCUGGAGCUGGACUAGAUUCGCAGCUCGGCGAAUGGUUCAUGAACGAUAUUGAAGUAACGAUCCGAAGUCACGGCGAUUCCGAUUUGAGUGGCCAAACAGGCAUUAUCCGAAGUUUCGACAACGAUGAUUGCGUUGUAACGGUGUAUCUGCCGGAAGAAGAUCGCUGCGUCACUGUGCCAAUGACAAACCUACAGCCUGUGUUGCCCGAACCCGGCGAUAAAUUCAAGAUCAUUGUCGGUGAAGAUCGUGAAGCCAUCGGCGAAUUCAUCAACAUGUCCGGUAACAACGAAGCGUUGGUCACCAUUAACGGUCACUCAACACUCAUCCCGCUUAACUCCAUGUGCCGUUAUAAAGAACAGAACAAAAUCUAGAAUACUAUCCAAUGUUUUGCACGACAGUCUACGGACCAUAAUUAUUCGUUUUUACUUUUAACUAGUUUAAAAUUUAUUCCACGAUUGUAUGAAAAAUACUUACAUGAUU